AUGUCGAAGGAGCGACGAGAUGAGCUGAUUCAGGCGGUGUUGCCCUGGCUGAAGCAAUGCGAAGUCAGACCUGUGCACUGCAGUCGCUAUGAGCCAAACGAGGCCGUGAGCACAGCCCUGAACACUGUGAUUUCUCGAAGCACCCGCGCCACAUUCCAAGAGGCCAAAGCUUUGAAGCACCGAAAUCAGAUCGAAUCCAUGGCAUCACUGUGCUUGCAGAAUUUCACUGGAGAUUUGGUGGUGGAACUGGGGGCAGGGCAAGGGAUCUUGGGUCAGACGAUCAGUUUGGCCAGCAAGUGCCCCCUGGUAGCCAUAGAUCGCCGUGGCAACACUGAUGCAUUUGACACCCACCUGGAUGAUACGGGGUUGACAACUGAAACCCAUCGCAUCCAAGCGGAGAUCGCCAAUUUCACGGAGGAUAGCUGUCAGAAUGAAGCUUUGUCGCUGGCUAUGAAAUUGGGCGAGAAGCUGGACCUGCUGUGUUUGGCGCCAUGUUGCCAUGUGACCAUGAAGUGGGACCAGCUGUGUGCAGAUACCAAGAAAUGGCUGGCGGAGGCAGGUUUCCCCGGUGGAAUGCAGGAGUUUGAUCUGUUGAUAGACGCCCUUCGUUUGGCGCGUGGUGGGCCCAAUGCUUGCAUCCGCUGGCACUUACGUGAUGCCAUGCAUGAUGAUGUGGAGCUGGGUCACAAGGUGCGUUGUAUCCUGGAUGAAGCACGCCUGGCCCGUUUGGAGUCCCAUGGCUUUCGGGUUGCAGCAGUGGAGUACUGCAGUAAAGACAUCUCACCGGACAACGUCUUGUUGCUGGCAGUGCCUCCAACUUCAUCUUUCAACAUUUCAUCAUCAAGCCUUGGCAGCAACACUUGGAAGUUCCACCUGCUGGUUGAGGUGGACCCAGCAGCUUCCUCCAGUUUGAUCGAACGUUUGGCAGCUUACUUUUUGGCCUUGAAGGCUUCAGAAGAAUGGCCCCUGUUGUCCGUCACCAUGGAUUCACCCAUUGGCGGCUGUGCCAAGAACACUUUGUUUUGCACAACUGAAGACUUAGAAAGACUUCAUCAGUUAAUGCGUCAACUCGCUAAAGACGUGAUUCUGCAGAGGGUUGUGACCCGAUUUUUGCCCUUGAGUGAACGCGUUGAACAUGAUAUGACCAAGCUUACCACAGCAGUGUUUGACAGGAUGGCUUCUGCCAGCGCUGAACCUCACUGCAAGGCUUCAACUUUGAGAAUUUUGGCCAAACCCCGGAAUCUGGAGAGAACGAUUUGCGAGCUGUUGCCUCAAGAGUUGCUUUCUCCAACUCAUUUCUCUCAUGUUUUGACGGUUGCAGAUGCAUGUGAUGCGUUUUAUUUUUCCAUUUCCCCUCGUCAAAGAUUGGAUCCAGCAGCCUGGUCAGAGGCGUGCAAAGUUCAAGAUGAACGUGCCCUGCUUCGUUUUCAGGAAGUUCUGUCGCGAUGGCCCAGGCGCUUCAAAGGCAAAACUGCAGCAGCACUUUGGACAGAUCUUGUCCGUCCAAAAACGGAGUCUUUUUUACAGCAGUGCUGCGACUUGCCCGUUGCAACCAUCACUUCUCAGUGCACUUCAGGGUGGGUAGGGGCAGCAGAUCCAGUCGAUGUGAAGUUGAAUCCUUUGAGAGGAAACUGGUUUCGGUCAAAUGGUGCGCAGGGUGUGCAUCAGACCCUCGCUGUGGAUUUGCUACUUGUGGACAUCGGCAGCACCGAAAAGGAAGCCGUCGUAGCCUUGCGUCACUUCAUCGAAAAAAGCAGCGGCUCCACAGCGUUGGCAGCUGAUGGAACGGCCAUCCUACGGCUGCGUUGCGGACGGCGCCCCAAUGCAGUGAAGAAGUGGCUCAGGGAGACAGUGAAACACAUCGAAGAUUUAGGUUUCUGCCGGGUUGAGCUUCUGCACUUGCUCGUAGAUCGGGAGAAUGAGCGAACAGCCGUUUUUGAUUGGACCGGCGCGCCCUUGCCUCAGUACAGAUUUGAUGGAUACAACGUUCAAAAGGAAGACUGCCUUUGCCCACAUACCGCAAAUUGA